AUGUUGCUUACAACGCUGUUCAAAAUCACUCUAGUUGUAUCAGGUCUCUCCCUCAUUGAGUGGUUCCCUAGGGCCAGUGCAGUGCCACAGACUGCUGGCCCCGCUGUCACGACGGUAACGGCCGUGAGUAGCGCCCGGCCCACCAACAUGAGCGGUUGGGUAGCCGUCGGCUCUACCAAGACGCGCCUUUUGAGCUCAGGAUUUGCAACGCAUCCGGCCUUGUACACUGGAUCCAUUGGAGGUGCUAGCGCUACGGCUCCAUCACAGUGGCCAUCGGGAUAUCUUUACACCAACACCGGGACAAGGCCGAGUUUUCUGAAUACGACCGUCGUGCCUUCAAGCACCCAUUUACCGAAAGUGCCUACUACCAGCUUGGCACCAACAGUCAACGCGGCCGAGAUGAACACGGCAGAAAUCUAUUCUCGGUUCCUGGUGGUUUUAUCUGUGGUUGUGGUUCUACUUUUCUAA